AUGAUGAUGUAUAUAAAAUGUUGGACCAUCAUUCUCCUCAUCAUCACAAUCUCAAUUUCAUUUCCUGAAAAAUCAUCAAAUUUAGCCAUGGCUGAAGCUCCACCUUCAUCAUCUGGUGUUUACAUCGUUUACACCGAACAGCCUACUGAAGGCUCUGAUCAUGAAGCUUUCCACCUUCGCACCCUUUCUUCUGUUCUUGGCAGCGAUGAUGCAGCUAAGGCAUCCUUGAUUUACGUUUACAAGAGUGCAGCCACCGGAUUCUCAGCCAAGCUGACUCCUGAGCAAGUUUCGGAGAUUCAAAAACAACCCGGGGUCCUUCAGGUUGUCGAGAGCAAAAGUGUUCAGUUACAUUCGGCUGGUGUUGGCGGGAUGAAUGUAUAAUGGCUUGAUGACAUUUGUGUUACCUAAGCGUCAUCACAGGUCUUUGUUCUCCUUACUAACAAAAUCCAUCAGUGCUUGCUGCUCAUAAAUAAAAGAUUUCUACUGAGACAUGUAGAAUUUGUAGUAACAGUGAACUUCUUAAUCCAUGUAUAGUUCUUGCAGGUAUUGUGUAAGAGCCUAUAAUAUGAUAAUGUUCAUCAUUUUUGCCUAUGCAAAAUGGAUGUUGUUAA